UUUAAUACUAAAAUACACCCAACGCUCCACUUCUAGCUUCUUAAAAAACACAUCAACAAUGCUCUCAUGAAACAUUAUAAGUAAUUCUCCUUCUCCAACCUUUCCACACCCAACCUAUCUCUCCUCUUAGCCAUGUCCAACCUAAAACAACCCUACAUCGGAAUCUCCGAUGCCGCCAACCACAACAACAAGAAGAAGAAGAAGAAGCUCUUCCUCUCCCUCUUCGCCGCCCUCCUGGUGGCAGCCUCCGUGGCAGCCAUCGUGGCCGGAGUCAAAAACAAAACCUCCUCAAACUCAAAGUCCAACUCCGACACCCCUCUCAGCCUCUCCCACCACUCCCACGCGCUGAUAAAAAGCGCGUGCAGCUCCACAUUGUACCCGGAACUCUGCGUCUCGGCCAUCGCCUCAGAAAGCAACGUGACGCACAAAGUAAGAAGCCAGCGUGACGUCAUCCAGCUCUCCCUCAACAUCACCACGCGUGCCGUGGAGCACAACUACUUCACCGUGAAGAGGCUCCUGGCCAAACACGCCCUUACCAAACGCGAGAAAACCGCUCUCCACGAUUGCCUGGAGACCAUAGACGAAACCCUGGACGAACUGAAACAAGCGGAGCAAGACCUGCAACUGUACCCCAACAAGAAAAGCCUCUACCAACACGCCGACGACUUGAAGACCCUUAUCAGCGCCGCCAUAACCAACCAGGUCACGUGCCUCGACGGCUUCUCGCACCAGGACGCCGACAAGCGCGUAAGGAAGAAGCUCGAGGAGGGGCAGGUGCACGUGGAGCGCAUGUGCAGCAACGCCCUCGCCAUGACCAAGAACAUGACCGACAACGACAUCGCCAACUACGAGUACAACAUGCGCCUCAAGCCCAACAACAGGAACUUGGCCCAAACUAGCCAUCAUCAUGUCCACUGGCCCCACUGGAUUUCGCCCGCCGACAGGAGGCUCCUGCAGGCCGCCUCCGUCAAGGCCGACGUCGUGGUGGCGGCCGACGGCAGCGGCGACUUUAAGACGGUGACUGCGGCGGUGGAUUCCGCUCCGCUUAAGAGUAGCAAGAGGUAUGUUAUACGGAUAAAGGCUGGGGUGUAUAGAGAAAACGUGGAGGUGCCUAAGAAGAAGACCAAUAUCAUGUUCUUGGGUGAUGGAAGAACCAACACUAUCAUCACUGCUAAUAGAAAUGUUGUGGAUGGUAGCACCACUUUCCACUCUGCCACUGUCGCUGUGGUGGGUGGCAACUUCUUGGCCCGGGACAUAACAUUCCAAAACACAGCGGGCCCAUCAAAGCACCAAGCAGUGGCCCUAAGGGUGGGUGGGGACCUCUCAGCCUUCUACAACUGCGACAUCUUAGCAUACCAAGAUACCCUCUACGUCCACAACAACCGCCAAUUCUUCGUUAACUGCCUCAUCGCAGGAACAGUGGACUUCAUCUUCGGGAACUCCGCAGUUGUCUUCCAAAACUGCGACAUCCAUGCAAGACGUCCUGACUCGGGGCAAAAGAACAUGGUCACAGCACAAGGAAGGGUGGACCCUAACCAGAACACUGGCAUUGUGAUCCAGAAGUGUAGGAUCGGUGCCACCCAGGACUUGGAGCCUGUGAAGAAGAGUUUCCCCACAUACCUUGGGAGGCCUUGGAAGGAGUAUUCCAGGACUGUCAUCAUGCAGAGUAGCAUCAGCGAUGUCAUUCAGCCUGUGGGCUGGCAUGAGUGGAGUGGCAACUUUGCUUUGAGCACUUUGGUCUAUAGGGAGUAUCAGAAUACUGGGCCUGGAGCUGGCACUUCUGGGAGGGUUUCUUGGAAAGGCUUUAAGGUUAUCACGGAUGCUGCUGAGGCCCGGGCUUUUACUCCUGGGAAUUUCAUUGCGGGCUCCAGCUGGUUGGGCUCCACGGGCUUUCCUUUCUCUCUUGGCUUGUAAAUUAUGCCUUUUGUUGUAAGUGUUGUUUGUAAUGUGGUAGAGAGGAACAAUGUUAAGUUAAAAGGAAAAGAGAGAGGUUGCUGGAGAGGAGGGGUUUAAUUUGUUGGGAUCCAUUUGGAACAUUGCCAUGUUCUGCCUUGGGCUAUAUUUAUUGUGAUGUUGCCACCACUAGCUAAAUAAUGAUGACAAUAAGUGUAUGCUAGGGUUUUGGCUCCUUCAAAAAUAUUGGAUUUUGUUUUGGUUAUGUGAA